CCAUUGUUGAACCAACGGCCACUUUAAUCUAGCUUCCGAUUCCAACCUCUCUCUCCCCCUCUCUCUCUCUCUCUCUCUCCACCGUCUCGAAAACUACAACUUAUGGCAGCUCCGGUGGCCGAAGAAGACAGCUUCGCCGUAGGAUAUUCCAAUCCUCCUCUUGCAAAAAACUACUUGGGAAGCCCCAAUUCUGCAGAAGACUACAGUAUUUUCGCUCAGUUGACGAAAACCUCAAAUACUGGUCAUAAUGAUCCAUAUACUCCUUCAUCGUCUAAACGGAGAAAGUCGAAGCCGAUCAGAUUUGAGGACCCUCCGACUGAGGUAGAGACGGAACGUCUGCCUCCGAAGAUCAAGAUCGUAGUAAACAAUACUCCAAUCCCAUCUUCGAGUUUGAAGAAAAGAAAGUCUCCUACUAAAGGCUCCAAAUCUCCAACUCCAUCAACACCUGCAAUGAUUCUUGCAGAGGAGUUUCAAUCAAGCCUUGGAACCGAGUUUCCCAGCUGUAUAAAGCUGAUGAUUAGAACAAAUGUCACCUAUGGUUUUUGGAUGGGGCUUCCAUUACCAUUCUGCAGAUCAUUUCUACCAAAACAAGACUGUAUAAUGAUACUUGAAGAUGAAAUUGGGGAAAAAUGGGAAGUCAAAUAUAUCGCAAACAAAAAUGGGCUUAGUGCAGGGUGGAAAAUUUUUGUGGUUGCACAUGACUUGAUUGAAGGAGAUGUUUUGGUGUUUCGUUUAAUCGAAAGUUAUAAAUUGAAGAUUUACAUUAUAAAAGCAAGUGAACCCAAUGAAGUUGAUGGUGCUAUUGGUCCUUUGAAUUUGGAGCCCCAAGAAAAUGAAACCGAAUUCCCCCCAGAUACUCCCCCACCUAAAACAAAGAAACACAAACACGUGGAGGUCCUCGACCCACUUCCUAUAAACAUGGUCAUAAAGAAGGACAAAAAGUCAACCCUAGUCAAACCGAUCGAAGUUCUAGAACAUUCCGGAACCAACAGCGAAGAAAUCGGAUCAGAAGUUCUAGAACCUUUCACAUCAAUCGAAGACCUAAAAUCCUUCGACCACUUCCGAAUAAAAGUCAACGGUCAAUGCAUUGACUCGGAGCUUCCGGAAGAAGUCAAACUCGGUUACUACAAACUCUGCAUUCACAAAAAACAAAUCCUUCACGAUUGCAUUCGCGAGAAUAUUUACGAUAAACUUGUGGUGGGAAUGAUUGGGGAGACUGUAACAAUUGCAAAAGAGAUCAAGAACUGCAAGCUCACGAUAAGUAAGGAGGAGCUCGAAGCGUGGGAUAAUUCCUUGAAGUCUUUUGAGAUUUUGGGGAUGAAAGUUGGGUUUUUGAGGGAGAAAAUACGGACGCUUGUGGGGCUUGUUUUUGAGUCGGAAUUUGGGGUGGAUGUGAAAAGAUAUGUGGAGGCGAAAAAAGAAGAGAAGGGAAUUCAAGAUGAGAUAAUGAAAGUUAAAGGGAAGCUUUUGGAGUUGAAGAUUAAGGCGAGGAAAUUUGAAGGGGAGUUGGGGGAGUUAAAAGAUAAGGCGGAGAAGUAUAUGAUGGAGUUUCGGGAUGAGGUUGAUGUGCCGUGGUAG